CAAGUUUUCGAUUUCGGUUAUCGUUGGUGUCGGAGAUGCACUGCAAGUUUGAGAUGAGGCUUUAUAAGAACUUCACGAAAUUAUCAUUUUCCCCCCCGUCGUUUAAAGCUAGCCACAUAUUACUUUCACUUUGUUUUACACCAUGGACGCCAGAAAUGAUUCAUGGACAUUACAUUUUGGAAUACGUGUUACUGGGUAGCAGCUAGCUAACUUGCUUGCUAGCUACCUACUGCAAUUUACUAGAAUACAAUCGAAUGAAAGAAAGGUCUGAAGUUAGUUAACUUAAAUGAAAAGCUCGUAACCAUGUGUAGCUAACUUACUGUUGUUUGCUAGCUAGCCAAAGACAGACAUUUGAUACAAUGUUGUUCAGCUAGAGCUGUGGAACUUACUUAGAUGCUUGGUAUAACUUAACGUUACUCAGAAUAACACUCACGUUAUUUUAGCUAGCUACUUGCAAUAAAGGAAACAAUGUAUUUUACUUGCUUGUUUUAACUACAUAGCUAGCAUUCUUCUGACUGCAGUUUUCAAACCAGAUAGAUAGUAAGAUUACAUCAUUGAGUAGUCUGUCGCCAGCCGAGUUACUCGUCUUGGGUAUUUUAUUUUCGUUUAAAGUUGCGCCUUAAUCAGGAGCCAGGAUAUUAUUGACAAGAGGCUAACAUUCGCUUGCAUACUGGUUCAGUGGUUGAACUUGUGGUGGCAAGACUAGCUCCCAUUGCUAUAGUAGCUGGAUCUAGUCCUCCGUUAGCUAGCUGUCUUGAAUGACAGGGACUUUCUUGCAAAGAUCAUCAGACCAUGUUUUUGUACCGGUCUUACUUUUAAGGGGCCAUUGUUAUUAGCUAAAUACAUAGCUAUCUAACCAAGUAAAUUGCUGAGGAUGCCUGGCUCAGAAAUUAAUCUUUCAAAUGCUGAUUUGGGAGAAUUGGACUCAGAAAGUCUCCCUUCAAAUUCCGGUUUGGGAGACUUGCCAUGGCUUUGCAUGGUUACACUGUUCAUUGCCUCCAUCAUUACAUUGAUACUGUAUCUAGUACAGUAUUUUUACAGCGAUCUACGGAUACAGAUGCCUGAGCAAAACAGUGCUGGUUCGGGGGAAGCGGACGUUCUGUUGGGAUGGGCGCUUUCACUGAACGGUUGGAAAAGUCAAUGGAAAGGGGCUUGGUGCAGAGCUUUGAAUGACGAAUCGACGAAGUCUGGGUGCCCAGUGCAACUAAUAUUAGAAGAGGACGGCCUCGAGUCAUCAGAACUGGUGGUUGGCCAAGUGUCCAGCUUCAAGAAGUCUGUUAAUCAGAAGGCUGCACGAUGCAAGGUGGUCGGGGACAAGCUUCAGUUCUCCCUCAGUGCUUCACCAUCAGCCAUGUCUCCAGGAGAGCCCUGUAGGUACAGCGUAAAGAUAUCGCCACUUGAACUGCAGUUGGACUUGCAGAUGAGGGAGGCUGAAGGGCAGGUCCAGGUGGUCUGGGGGGUGUGCCAUCUCGAGACUUGGGACCUGCAGCUCAGCCCCAGCUUCCCACAGGACCAUGCCACAAGCCCCAGUGUGGCUGCAGUAAAGGACAGGCUGAGACAGCUGCUGUGUGCGGUGCGUCCCUCCGUUACGCUGAGUUGCAGGCCUGCUCAGGCCACAGAGGUCAAGGAGGCCCGUAACAAGGUGACAUCACCGCCCAAGCCCCCCCGAGCUCACGACUGGAAGCUGCUGGUAAAGAAUAUCCGGGUAACGUGUAAGGAGCAGGAGGAUGGUGCUGCAGGCAGUCUGAAUCCCCUGUGUGUGCUGCAGCUAGAUGACCCCCCACAGAAACUCUCCACUUCAGUCCUACAGAACACAGCCAGCCCAGCCUGGGACCAGCCCUUCAUCUUUGAGCUGAAUGGACAAUCAAAAGAGCUGAAAAUUCAGCUGCUCGAUGAUAGGAAACCUCAGGAGAACACCUUACUGGGUCAAGUGUCCGUGCCUUUUGAUCUGGUGAAGAAGCAGCCCAAAGGACAGCAAACAUUUACACUCAUGACCAAAGAUCAAGUGACAGGGUCACUUACUACUGAGUUGACCUACCUGAAACCCAGUGAGGUGCGGUCGUGGCAGUCCCCUACUCCAGCCCCCACUAAGAGAGUGGAGAUGGACCGCACGGUCAUGCCCUGCGGUACUGUGGUCACCACAAUCACUGCAGUGAAGAGUAAACCAGGUCGACCACUACUGCCUGGACUGAGUAUAACCCAGCAGACCUCCUCCAAUCCUCCCAGCGGCACCAAGUCCAAGGUGUCAGGACGGAGCGUGCUGGGGAUCAUGGGGAGCAAGGCCUUGUCCUCCUCCGACACAGAGCUGCUCAUGCUCAACGGGACCGACCCCGUUGCCGAGGCUGCCAUCCGCCAGCUCCACGAGUCCGCCAAGCAGAAGCUCAAGUCCCCGGUCAAGAAGAGCACCAUCAUCAUCUCAGGAGUGACCAAGACUCCUCUGUCUCAGGAUGAUGAGAUGGCUCUGAUGGCGGGCUAUGCUGCUGCGAUGGACGCCUCCAUGUCGGAGGGGGGAUCUCAGGAGAUCGCUGUGGCAACUGCUUCAGUAGUAAAAGCCAGUAGCAAACCCCCAGAGGUGUCGUCAGACCCCGAGGAGGGCCCCAGUGGAGUGGCCCAGGCUCAAGCCCAGCAGGCCCCGGAGGACUGGGAGUGCCAAGCAGGAGAGGGCACGGACCAAGAUCCAGACAAAACCUCCAUGUCACUAUGCAUCUCAGAGUCUGGAUCCAAAAAGAGCAGAGGAGGCAGCUUCCUGCACAGGAGUGCCAAGCUGUUCUUCCGCCGGCGCCGCCAGUGCAAAGACCCGGGGAUGAGCCAGUCGCACAACGACCUGGUGUACUUGGAGCAGCCUGUGACGGUAGACCGGGAGAAACGCACGGCCACCUUCAGCCGGAUGCUGAACCGCAAGCUGCUGCCUACGAGCAAGAGCAAAGCCAACAGCUCCACCACCACCCAAACAGUGACACCCUCUCCUACCCCGGGGGAGCAGCAUGCAGCAUGACCCCCCCACUCCACCACCCCUACCACCCGUCUCCUUCCCCCCCGAUAGUCCUCCACUCCACCACCCGUCUCCUUCCCCUCCGAUAGUCCUCCACUCCACCACCCGUCUCCUUCCCCUCCGAUAGUCCUCCACUCCACCACCCGUCUCCUUCCCUUCCGAUAGUCCUCCACUCCACCACCCGUCUCCUUCCCUUCCGAUAGUCCUCCACUCCACCACCCGUCUCCUUCCCUUCCGAUAGUCCUCCACUCCACCACCCGUCUCCUUCCCUUCCGAUAGUCCUCCACCCCCCCACUCCACCACCCUCUGAUAGUCCUCCACCCCCCCACUCCACCACCCUCUCCUUCCCCUCCGAUAGUCCUCCACCCCCCACUCCACCAUCCUCUCCUUCCCCUCCGAUAGUCCUCCACCCCCCACUCCACCAUCCUCUCCUUCCCCUCCGAUAGUCCUCCACUCCACCACCCGUCUCCUUCCCCUCCGAUAGUCCUCCACUCCACCACCCGUCUCCUUCCCCCCGAUAGUCCUCCACUCCACCACCCGUCUCCUUCCCCCCGAUAGUCCUCCACUCCACCACCCGUCUCCUUCCCCCCGAUAGUCCUCCACUCCACCACCCGUCUCCUUCCCCUCUGAUUGUCUUCCAGCCCCCCCCCACUCCACCACCCCCUCUGAUAAUCCUCCAGUACCCCACCCCUACCACCCUCUCCUUCCCCUCUAGGCCUCCAGCCCCCCUCUACUUCCCCUCCGAUAGUCCUCCACCCCCCACUCCACCACCCUCUGAUAGUCCUCCACCCCCCCACUCCACCACCCUCUCCUUCCCCUCCGAUAGUUCUCCACCCCCCACUCCACCACCCUCUCCUUCCCCUCCGAUAGUCCUCCACCACCCCACGUUGCCUCCACCUCUACCACCUUGCACUGACUGAGAGACUCCACUUCUCGAUCCGUGAAUCCUCCAUUACUGGUUGGAAGGCAGUAUGGAGGUAAAAUAUUAUCUUUAUCUCCCUCCGGCUCUUCCACCAACCUCGCCUUUUUUUGGAGCAGAAAUAUUUGGUGUUUUUGGGUAAUGCUAAUUUGAAAUGUUUUUUUCUUCAACUCCAUGCCAUUUCAUGAUCCUUUUUUUGUAACAUUCUUGAAACAUAUUCUGUAUUUGUGGCCUUCUAAACCAGAAGAAUAACUACUGGUGGCCAACCUGCACCCUCAUCCUAUUAGAGGGUAGUAACACAGAUAGAACAAUGAGAGAGAUAUUUCACCGGAUGUAUAAAUGUGAAGCAUCUGGUUGGUGUUUCCACUCACUAACAAAUAUAGUUAUGAGAGAGAGCCAAGUGGUCGUCAGUGGGAGAAGAUGGAGUGAGAUGGAUUUUGGCCAACAUUCUGCUAGUUUUGUCAUUGAUUUAAACAUUUGAUGUCCAUACAGUUUUCUGCUUCCAUAACUAGAAUCAGUAACAAACCGAGUGGACUGCACUUUGUAGACUUUACCCUUUGCUAAAGUUUUGAAAAUGCUGUUCUUUUGGAGUGCAAAGGCGAAUUCAGUUAUUGCACACGUGCACUUCAGAGUAAGCGUUCCCUAACGGAAAUAUCAAAAUAAAUUCUAUAAAGUGCCAAUAAGAUCUCACUAGCUCGUGCUUGGCUCUGCCCACUAUGAUUCAUUUGCUCCCAUUGGAAACGACAGACCAGAGCCUAUCUUGGGUCAGUUAUAAAAAUAUUUGGUAGUGAGGUCAACCCUGACCUUUGACCUCUUAAAGGGUCCAAUUGAAAUGUGGCCCAGAGGGACCAAAGAAGGAGAGAAGAGUGGUAUUGACAUGAUUUGCACAUAUUGCUAGAUACAUUUUCUAGGAUUUACACUCAAGGUGUGAUUCUUAAGCUUUUUAAGAGCAAUUACUUGAACUGCUCUUGUGAUAGAGGUUAUCUUUAUAAAUAGCAAGCAGUUUGUGUAGGCAUUUUGUGAUUGAGAGAGGAGUUUGUGUUGACAAAGGGAGACGGUUUGUUCCACUGCAAGGCUGAUACUAGUGGGAGAUGAUAAAGCCUAACAUUUUAAUUCUUAUCAAAAGUAAAUUCACAUACAAACUUCAGAGCUAUUAUGAAAAUCUUAAGCCAGACUAAACAUUUCAGACAUUGGCAGUUAUGGCAGUUCUGUGUAAAUGAUAUCUUUUGAUGUCAUUGGUUAUCUCAUACAGUUUUGUAAAGUCCAAAAUUACAGUUGGUAAUAAAGAAUUGGGAAUUUCCACCAUAAACACUAUUUCUAAACAGUGCAGUGACAUCAUGGAGAACAUGAAAAUUGCAAUUUUCUGUUUGAUAUUAACAUUUAAAAAUAUUUUUUUGCUUUGUAUUAUCACUUUUCUUUUAAAUAUUGCAGUGUUUUAAAAUGAAAUGCAAUUUCCUCUAGUCUUCCGACCUAAAGAUUCCUUACACUACAACUGCCUGGGGUUGGUGAGGUGGAAAAUGGAACCCCAAUGGCAUCAUGCUGAGAGAGAGAACGAACGUGACACUACCUCAAGCCAUACUUGUUGCAGUGUUCACUAAAAACACAGUGGUCAUUCACUCAUGCGUUUCUGCAGUUUUUUAUUUUAAAAAUGAAAUGUAACAUAUCAGCGCUUUAAACAUUGUCUAAACAGAAAGGAUGAUACAUCUUUGGGAAAUAUGAAUGGUUUGGCUACUUUGGGAUUUUAUCUAGCUAAUGAUUUGUACUUUUAUUUAAGCAGGUAAAUUAAAAGAGUUGUUUUAAGAUCAAUUCCCUGCCAGCUACUGUUUUUAUUCUCAUUGCAUGAACCUACUGAGAGGACUGCUAUACUCUUUUGGACAUGAUGGCAGUACUCAUGGACAGAUGCUCUACUGUUUACAAGGCUUUUGAAAAGACUGGAGAACAGUUCUUCUACCUGUGUAGUAGUGACAAACUGUAGUGGGAUUACCUCUUGGAAAUUGUCAAUUUUUCAGGUAUGACCAGUCUUCGAAUGACUUAGGACUUGCUGUCCCAGGAUGGCAGUAGCUGUGCUAUCUAUACCUAUCAUCUGGUAUUUUCGGAGGACUUGAAUGUUGCUGAGUGGCAUUAAAAUGAGAUAGACGAGCCAGUUGGAUUUCCCCUCAACAACCCAUAUGAAAACAUAAUCAAUGAGUUGUGUUUUUAUGAUAUCCUUGGAUGACUGAUUACACUGGGGUAUCUGGUUGCUGAAAAAAAGGGUAUGCCAUUUGUGUUGAUUUUGAACAACAACAUUAACUAAGUUCUCUGUCUGCUGCAGAUACUGUAUGGGUUAUAUGUGUCCAUAUUAUUCAUUUUUUUACGUCCCUACUGUGAAGUAUGAACGAGCGUCAAACCCCUCAGAUCCUGUAACCGGUCACAUAUUUGAACAGUGGUGGGUCAAAUAUUGACAUAAGCUCCUGGAAGGGUUACCAAUGAGCUGACUGCUCCUUGUUUCUGUAAAUAAGGUCCUUUUUAGAGGUGUAUGCCGAAACCCAAAGUCAUCUUUAAACCUUGUUCAAAUUUCAGAAAAGAACGUGGGAUGUUUUAAACAUGCAAACUUGAUUCUAAGCCUAAUCGAUGGCAACUGACAAGUGCAAGAUUAUGCAUUUCAAUAAGCGGUGGGCCUGUAUAUUAUUAAACAGCUUCCUGACAUUUUAUAUUGGCUCUGUGAAAUGUACAGAACCUGGCUGCCUGCUAAUAUUUAAUAUUUAAUGGCAGUCAAUGCCAUGCAGGGAUUAUUACUAAUUAUUGACAUAUCAGGUUUAACAUCUUGAGCAAUAAAUAUAAACUGAAUAACCA